AUGGCUCGAUUAAAUGUUAAACUUCUAGCUUUGUUAUUAGUCACUUUGGCUACUGUUAUUUCUGCCCGUGUAAUCAAUGUUGCGGUUGGCGAAAAUGGUGAAUUGUCUUUUUCUCCGAACAACGUUAAAGCAAAAGUUGGUGAUAAGAUCACUUUCACAUUGAAAUCCGGUUUUCACAGCGUUAUUCUAUCGGACAAAGCUGGUGACUGCACGAAAUCUGCAAAAAUAAAAAACUCUGAAAUCUUAGCCCAAACCGAUAAAGUUGGUAAGAAGGGAACAUUUAUAAUUACUCAAAAUACACCAUCAAAACUCGGAUUUUUCUGUGAUGUAGAGCUAUGGAUUCAAAUUCUUC